AUGUCGGCCCGUUCGCUCGCAUCCAGCACACUAUUCCGAGCCGUCUCGGCAAGGAACGCCACUUCGUCCAGCUUGAGGAUCCCCGCAGCGGCUCCUGUCAGCGUCCGCGCGUUCUCUUCUUCGAUCUCCAGGUCGUCUGCUCGUCCUACGAUUCAGGGAGAUGGAAAGGGUGAUCGCGUCAACUCUGUCAGCCCCUUCUUCGAGUCGGCUGGCUCGAAUCCGGUAGACAAGUACACCGAGGUUGCUGGUCCGCUGCACGACUUUGGCAGCUACAUCACUUCUUGUCUGCCUCGAUUCAUCCAGCAAUUCAGCGUCGUCAAGGACGAGCUCACCCUGUACGUUGCACCGGACGCCGUCAUCCCCACCCUCACCUUCCUCCGCGAUCACACUCAGACCCAGUUCCGUGCCUGCAUGGACAUCUCCGGCGCCGACUACCCCACGCGCUCCCAACGCUUCGAAGUCGUCUACCACCUCCUCUCCGUCCAGUAUAACGCACGCAUCCGAGUCAAGACCUACGCCGACGAGGUCCACCCCGUUCCCUCCGCCACCGGCAUCUUCCGCAGCGCCGACUGGUACGAACGCGAGAUCUGGGACAUGUACGGUGUCUUCUUCAUCGGUCACCCUGAUCUCAGGAGGAUCCUCACCGAUUACGGCUUCGAAGGUCACCCGCUCAGGAAGGACUUCCCGCUCACAGGUUAUACCGAGGUGAGGUACGACGAGGAGAAGAAGAGGGUCGUCAGCGAACCCCUUCAGUUGACCCAGGCGUUCAGGAACUUCGAGGCCAACUCGCCGUGGGAACAGGUCGGUGAGGGUGAGAGCUACAAACCAAAGGCGUUCAAGUUGACCCCUCCUAAGCCGAAGGAGGAGGGCAAGGAUAAGAAGUAA